AUGGCGCCUCCACGAACUCAAAAGCGCAAGCCAGGUCCUCAAACCUACGAAUCAGACGACGGGUUCAUCGCGAACGACAGUGAGACUUCGGACAGACCCAACAAGCGUUCAAAGACCUCGAAGUCACAGAGCAAAUCCACUCACUUUUCCACUCCCGGUCAGUCACAGGUCGACUCCGAAGGUAACCAGUAUUGGGAGAUCUCCAGGAUGAGAAGAGUGACCAUCUCCGAAUUCAAGGGAAAGAGGAUGGUGAAUAUCAGAGAGUUCUACGAGAAGGACGGCAAGGAUCUCCCUGGAAAGAAGGGUAUCAGCAUGACAGUCGAGCAGUAUUCUGCUCUGGUGGACAUCAUGCCGCAGCUUGAGAAGGCACUUGAGGAGAAAGGCGAGCACAUUCCAAGACCGAAGUACGAUAUUGCUGCUAGUAAUGCUCCAGCGCCAGCGCAGACCGAGGAAGACGAUGACGGAAGCGAAGCAGAACCAGAACGUGUGGAGAUAAAAGUAAAGAACGCGAGGAGAAAGAAAGCAAAUAUCGAAGCAACCAGUGACGAAGAGGAAGCUGAUGACUGA